CCAGCGAAGAAGAAAAGGAGGAAACACCGGAAUUCCAGCUUGUUUCCGGUGCAGUUGUAAUGGCCGCUCUCGGUCUCUUUCUGCGCUGACUGCAGGACCUGACAUCCAGGAGGAGCUGUGAGACUGACCCAGGAUGGUGGUACCGAGUCCAGUCCAUGUUCUACUCGGGCUGUAAACUCUUCUGAAUGUAGGUCUUUAUGUUUCUGCUUGACUUCCAUGACCUCUGAGCUAGUUGUCGGCUAACCACCCGGUUAGCGGGUUAGAUGCAGAGCCUAGACCCCGAGCCUAGACCCUGAGCCCAGACCCCGAGCCCAGACCCCGAUCCACCUGCCGCUAAGACCUAAUCAAAGUCUGCACUCGGAAAUGAACGGGACCGAACUCCAGAGAGAAUCCAGAAGAGUCUCCUUUCUGCUCAGUGUCGAUCAGUAACCGGGUAGGCCUGCGCCUCGAUGCCUGAAGAAGGACCCAGGAUGAAUGGCUUUUCUCUCGGUGAGCUGUGCUGGCUGUUCUGUUGCCCCCCAUGUCCCAGCCGCAUCGCGGCCAAGCUGGCCUUCCUCCCCCCGGAGCCCACGUACUCUCUCCACACCGAUGCUAACGGGGCCACUAGCCUCCACCUCACGGAGCGGGCGGACUGGCAGUACUCCCAGAGAGAGCUGGAUGCUGUGGAGGUCCUCAGCACCAGGAGCAGCCGGGGUAACCGGGUGGGAUGCAUGUUUGUCCGCUGCGCCCCAAACAGCCGAUACACGCUGCUGUUCUCCCACGGAAACGCCGUGGACCUCGGACAGAUGUGCAGCUUCUACAUCGGCCUCGGGUCCAGGAUCAACUGUAACGUGUUCUCCUACGAUUACUCCGGGUACGGAGUCAGCACCGGCAAGCCCUCCGAGAAGAACCUGUAUGCGGACAUCGAGGCGGCCUGGCAGGUCCUGAGGAACAAGUACGGUGUAACACCUGAGAAUAUCAUCCUGUACGGUCAGAGCAUCGGCACCGUUCCAACCAUCGACCUGGCCGCUCGCUAUGAAUGUGCUGCUGUGAUCCUCCACUCCCCUCUCAUGUCGGGGCUUCGCGUGGCCUUCCCUAGUACAAGGAAGACGUACUGCUUCGAUGCUUUCCCCAGUAUUGAUAAGGUGUCCAAGGUUGCAUCCCCGGUGCUGGUGAUCCACGGUACAGAGGACGAGGUGAUCGACUUCUCCCACGGUCUGGCCAUGUACGAGCGCUGCCCCCGUGCCGUGGAGCCCCUGUGGGUGGAGGGAGCGGGCCACAACGACAUUGAACUGUACGCCCAGUACCUGGAGAGACUCAAGCAGUUCAUCUCCUUUGAGCUUCCUACCUCCUGAGGGGAGCUCCGCACUAAGGCUGGGGUUCAUCGUUACGAUCCUAUGAAGCCAUCUCUUAACCCUCAUCAAGUUCCUCUCUUAGCAUCUGGGCAUGACUUGAGUCAUACUGGUCAUUUCCUCUACCCUGAGCCAUUUGAAGGUAAAAGUGAAAGAAGUGAUGUAAGGUUGUUGAGGUGCAGCAGAGGGUUAAGGCUUAACGUGUAUUGUCCCCCAGAAUCCUUCUGGUUCUCUUAAAUGUGUCUACAGAACCUCAGCCUGGAGAGUGUUUGCUCUCUCUUCUCAGCCUAGAUUGAUUUCCUGCUCCAGCCCCUCCCCUCUUUAACUCUUCGGGUCUCAGUGUCUAUCACUGUGAACUUCAGCCUGUCACCUGUACCUGUUCCUCUGCCUGUCGUUCCAGCAGACCCUCGUUUUCUUUCGACUCUUUGCAGCGUGCUUCUUCUUCAUUCUUUUCUAUCAGCUAAAGAAGGAUCAAUUUUGCUAUUCAAGAUGCAAAUGAAGUUUUUUACUUUUCUGUAAUUGUAAGUUAACUUGCAGGGUUGAUCAAACGUUGCACUUUGAACGUGCAGAUAUUUUCAGGUAUUUAUUUGGAUACGUAUGUGUUGAUUUAUUUUAUCAUUCCAUGUUUUUUAAUUCAGGUGAAGAAAAAACUGACGUGGAUGUUUGUCAAAAAGAUGUGAACCCAGGUCUGCACAUGUGGACAGUGUGAUCUUUGUUGUCCUGAUGCUUGUUCCUCUCUUAUACAGGAGUCUGACAGUGUCCAAAACUAACAACUAUACCUGUUCCUUUUGUAUGGCACGAACACAGACAGUUCAGGGGGACAAUUCUAAAUGUCCUUCAAUCACUUCAAACGCAUUUAAAACACCACCUUGAGCACUCGCCUCUAAAAUGCUCCCAACAAGUGUACAAAUCAAACACUGAGUAAGAGCAGUCUUGUUGUGAAAGUGCUGACUGAAUGCAUUAAGGUGGGUUAAUAAUCUAUGUAAGAAUGUAAUGAUAGACUAGGAUUAGGAGGAAAAAUGUUCACUAUGACACACUACAUGAAAUAAAAGGAUUGUUGAUCAGUCUGACGUCUAGAGGUGUUAUCCUUUCCAUCCUUUACAACACUAAUUGGACUGCACAUCCAAAGAAAGUAGCUAAGGCGUUCGCCUAAAAUAUGACGUGCUAAAUUCUUCACUUUUAACAUCCCUGCAGCAGAGUGAGAGUUAGGUUUGUGUGUCUGAGAGAGGACAGUUGUUGAGCCUUCAUAUAAUAAGGUAAUGUGUUUUAAUGCAUCAUAGUGUCAUAGAUAGAAAGUGUUUAUUGGUUCAUCUUAACUCUUGUUUAGAAAUGUAGAGACAUAGUACACCUCAGAAGGUCAUAAGUAGGUCAUGUGACAUCCCAAGUGUCUGCUUGACUCAGUAGUUUUUCUCCACACUACAGUCAUCAUGAUGUGCAGGUUUUGCCUUUGCAUUCAAGUCCUCUCGUGCCAUACAAAUGGAAACAAGAAGACCCUGAAUACUGGGUGUGCAGAAGCUUACCUCAUAGAAGAGAGAGCAGCAGGUAUCAGGGCUGUGCUUUGUGAACUGCAGAUCAUGUGGUAAUAAGACUCUGUGCCGUAGACUGAAGCAGGGACCACAGUUCCUGAACUCACAGUGGAGAUGCUGUUUGGUUAGUGUUCAUUUCUUAAUCAUAUCUAGAGAUAAAGCCUUAUGUUUACAGACAUUUCCCCCAGCCCUGUGGAUUACUGCAGGGCCCUUAUGUUCCUCAGGAGGACUGAUAACUGCUGCUAUUCUUUGGAGGAUCAAUCAGUCGAUCACUGUGAUAGCCAGACAGCCUGGAAACUGAAACCACAGCAAGUAACUGAAACCAAAUUUACUCUAACCACUGUCAUGCCUCCCAUCAUGCCACGCGCUUCUGCCUGCAGCAGGAGGGGAAUCAGCCAAUCACACCACAGGUAUCUUAAAGAGCCAGGAAGAAGAGAGAGAGCUCUGUGGAAACGGUCCCAUAUUAAUGAAUAUUUGAAGACAUUUCAUGUUGACUCGACUGAAUCUUUCCCCCUGCAGAUCAAAAACACCUUCAACCCCCAAACUGAAGUCAGGUUGAAGUGAAACACAAAGAAACAGACUGAAAGAGUAACUCAUAGUAGCUGCUGACGGUGUUUACUGAGAUGGACAUUUGCUCAGCAACAUGUAAUGUUGUUGAUGAGUGUGUUGCUGUGAGGUGAUUUGUCUUUGGGUCUUGAUGUUCUCUGAUCAUAGCUAACGUUGGGCUCAUGUCUUUUGGAUAACACGCCCUCAGAUUCCCCGUUUGGUUUCCUCUGGCUCCUCUUUUUUAAAGGACAUGAAGGACUUACUUUAGUCUCGGUUGUUGUUUUGAUACUGAAGUUUGUACACAGUUUUCAAGUCUUAUUGUUGAUAGAUUUACACUGUCUGGAGCUGGUUUAUAUGAUAAUCCUUUGUAAUGCUAUAAUUCAACAUCUUCUGUGUACAUGAAAGCCCAGACAGUGGGCGUCUUGUCUCAUUGAUUAUAAACACUGGAAUCAUAAACUAAUAAAGGUAACUGAAGCUUGUAGAGUCAUUGUUAAUGUGUAAAAUGAAUUACUGGUAAAUAAGCCUUAAACAUGCCGUGAAACAGAUUGUUAUGGUCCUCUGCAAGAAAGCAGCACAAUGGAUGUUUUAAUGCUAUCAUGAUGGAAUAAAGAAUGCAUGGAAACGUA